AUGAAACCUUCGCCUUACAAAGCCAAAGUCACCGACAUUGAAGAGUUGCAGCAGGGAAAAUGGAUCCAGACUCGCAAAAUCAACUAUACGGAUCCUGCUGGGAAGGCAAGAGUAUGGGAAAUGGCCGUUCGGACCACUCGGACUGAGACCACAGGUUUGGACGCUGUCAGCAUUCUUGCCUUUCUUCAGAAGAACGAUUCGAAGCACAUUGUGUUGGUGAAACAGUUCCGUCCUCCCUGCGAGAAGGUCGUGGUGGAAUUGCCUGCUGGACUCAUAGAUCCAAAAGAAUCAGUAGAACUGACUGCAGUUCGGGAAUUGCUUGAAGAAACAGGUUACCACGGAACGUUUGUUCGGCUGCUGCACACAGAAAUGCCGUUGUUCAGUGACCCGGGCUUGACCAAUGCCAACAUGGCUUUGGCUACGGUGGAAAUCGACGCCAAAGAUCCGCGUAAUUCCGAUCCCCAGCCUCAGUUGGAGGAUGGCGAGUUCAUUGAAGUGUUUACCUUGCCUACGAAGGGGUUUUUGGCCGGCUUGAUAGACGUUUGUUCGCGUGAGGGCAGUGUGGUGGAUGCCAGAUUGUAUCAUUUGGCUUUUGGUCUUGAGAUGGCCGAAACGCUCUCUUGA